UUUACUGAAACAACAACCAAAACAAACCUACUAAAAUUCUGUUGUUGGAACGGGACGGGAAAUAUCUGAAUAUAGCAGGGCUUAGCAUCUUGGCUGGCAGUAGCUAAUUACCAGACACAACAUUAGAGCAGGACCAACUAAUAGGGAUUUGUAAAGUGUAAGUGGGACACAAGGUGGCAAGCUUCCAAGAUGAAUUUGAUGUUUCGGAAGAACUUCAGCGGGGAAAAGAGUAUGGGGUCGAGCGGGGGUGGGGGGAAGGCGCGGGGGGCGCUGGGCGCAGGAAGGAAUGCCAAACGUCGCGACCGAGAGCGGUACUCAUUCAUGGAGGAGAACCACUAUACCACUAAGACUCUGAAAACCCACCUGUUCCUAUCAGCUGCGCCGCGCAGCAGCGCGCAAUACAACGACGGAUCAGAAAGAUGCGGUCCAGUGAUAGGCGGCGGCACGGGGCCCGAGCCGGAGCCCCCGCAGCCCCUCGUCACCAGGGAGCCCUCCGUCUCUCUCAUGAGAUGGGACAGGCCCCCUACGACCACAGGCCACGAGCGCAGGCGCACGGAACCGGUCUCGCUGGCGACUCUAGAAAGAGACUGCUUCGUCAUUCCCGCGCAUGCUCUUGAUCGUUUUUUGCCAGAUGGUGUUCCGCUUCCCGUGCCGCCGCCGACUCCCGAGAAGGGUCAAACAACGAAAAACCUCCACAAUUCCCUCAGCAUCCUCGAAGUCGCCGACCCAAAACUCUGCAUCCUCGCUCAUUUGAUGAGCCCCCUGGAGCCAAUAGAACCAAUACUCGAAUCACCGCUGGCCAAACCUUUGAUCAAACAGAAAUUAGCUGCUGGCGAACUAUUAAAUGACGUGGCUCAAGCAAAUACGGCAGUAGGCGGGAUGCUACUGGCGAACAUGGAGAGGAACGCAGAAUUUCCAUUCAUAUCAUACUAUGUGAUAAACACGACGCAGUCUGAUCCUUUACUCUUCUACAAUAACAUGAGAAGUGCUUCCUUGACCAAGUUUGACCCUAAGGCGAUGAGGUACUCGGCUGCUCAUACGUUGGAUUUAUACAGUGAAGUCGCAAUGAUAUGCAGACCUCCGUUCAAUGAUUUAGCUGGGGGGCCGAAGAAAUCCCACACGCCUACAACAGGAUUUAUUAUUAGUGUAUAUAAGGUCUUCGAAGGAGACGACGGGGAACGGUUCGAGAGGAAUUGGCUGUACUGGACCGGAGCCAGGAUGCUAUACCGACAUCUCCCUCACUCAGUAGGGAUGCGAAAGAUCGCGCUUCACAAAUCAGUCGCGCAACACGGCGACAAAAUGUACCUGCUGGUCUGCGAGUGUGCCAACUUGUUGGACAACUUGUCCGGCGCCGCCAUGUUGAUUACAGCGCUCAGAGCGAGGUUAUGUGGUUACACGGGGCUUUAUAGGCCCAUUCAGACUUUCUAGUAGAAGGAAGGCCUGAAAGGCCGAGUUUGUGUUGUCCUGUAGGACAUUUGAUCUCGUGAUGGUUAAGGUACUUCCACUGAAGAUUUUCAGAGACUUCUUGUAAUUUGUAUUGGUAAAAUUUACAGGUUGGAACAGUGUUAAGCCAUUACUAGUAAGAACGUAGUUUUUAGAUCUCUGCUGUUACUAUCUAUGAAGAAAUCCGGACAAACGUACAGUCUUAACCACGCCAAGUUGCACUGUAUUCGAAGACGCUAUAAAUACCCAUAUCUUAACAAACUAAUUUAGAUGAAUUCAAAAUUGGUAUAAUAACAGUAACAUGCUACCAAUAAAUUUGUACGAACGAUUUCAGGCAAGAACUUACAUAUAUGUCAAUUGAUGUUUGCGAAGAGCAUAACACUGUUCCUAAAUAUAAGGCAGAUAUUACAUGAUGACUGAUGACGUUGGGAAAUAAUAUUACAUUUCCUGCAUCAUAUUUACACCUGACUUCUGCAACCUUUUCAAGUCAUAAAAAUUAUCAUCAUGUGAUAUUUGUCUCAGUCUUGAACUCAUUAAGCAACAUUUUCCACGAUACUAUUUGACUUUAAAUCUAUUAUUUUCAAACGAAAGAAACAGACGCUAUUUUUGGCCUUUAAGGUAACGAAUUACAAUAAUGUUCAAGAUAAUGUAUCUACCUAUUUUAACUAAAAUUUGAAAUUUGCUAAACUAUUAAAGUAUGUAAAGAUACCCACUUCUUACGUUCAUGAAAAACUUGCGAUUAUCAAAAACAUCUUUGAAAACGUUUAACGUUAGCAAAUUUUACUUUAACUAGUUAAAAUGUUGCGUAAAGAAUGUGAGACUGUUACAUUUCUUUCAUACAAAAAAUGUUACUAUCAGGAUGUUUGUAAUCAGUUGGUCAUUGGACAGCACAUGUUGUGAACAUAAUGGACCAAAGUAUUAAUAUAAAUCGUUAAGGACAGUAUGAUUGUACUUGUGAGUCGAAGACGUGUUCUAUUCCUACCGAAAGUGUGAGACGAUAGAUAUUUGAAGAUAUAUUUUCAACAUUUUAUAAUCACUAAAACGCUUUAGCUCUAAAAUCUUUGUAUUCCUAAAUUACUUAUAUAGCUUUUACCACAAAAUUUUUCCCUAUCUGUCGGAGUAGGUAUUAUCAAAGGUAAUAAAAUUGAAAGGGUUUAUACACAUUUAAAGUCGCCGACAUGGCAAAAAAAUGUAAAACCUAUUACUUACUUUGGAAAUUAAAGCGAAACAGUGUCUUUUUUUAAAUUUCGCCCUGCCCAUCGCGGGCUAUCUUAAUUUUUUUUAUGCAACGACUUUCAGAAUGUUUUGAAUAUAGUUAAGCAUAAACCCGUUAUUUUUUUGUGUACUUUUUACUUUUACCUAUCACAUAUAUUUGGGUUUAAAUUAAAUUACCUCAUUUGCUGUCGUUUUUAUAAGUAUUAAUUUAAUGAAAGAAUUUUAAUUUGACUCUAUAGCACUAUUAAAAAUAAUUUUAUUAUGUACUUUUAUGUCACAAAAUGUUGAUUCACACUAGAUAUGUAACUUCCGACAGAUGCGACAAUUCUAAUGAAAUUAAAUAUAUUAAAUACCUACUUAAAAAUAAAUCAAAUACAAUGCCCCAGUAAUUAACCUCAGACGGUGAAAGAUUAAUUUCGUCUUUGUAAAUCUAGAUUUUCAAUCUUGUCGUCCAUGCUUGUCGUAUAUUCUUUAUUUAAAAAGAAAAGCGUUUCAGCAAAAUCGCCGUUUUCAAAAAUAGAAAUUUAGAAUAAGUCUUCCAAAAGUGUUUAAGUACAAAAAAAAAAUAUUUGCACGUUACUACAAUACAAGUAAAAUUAAAUCCAGAACUCAUUGUAGCGGUUUAUAGUAAUCACUUAUAGAUUUCGUUUCGUACAUAUCUAAUAUACAUAUCAGUACAUACUACUAACUUCAAAGAAAUGACCUACUUGUUCAAAAUAUAAAAUGAAUGUUUAAAAAAAAACUUAACGUGAAAUUGAAAAAUUACGCUGCUUGCUUUAAUUUUACCUUCAUUAUUAAAGUCUCCAAUUAUUAAAUUCGGUCUAAAUAUCCUCCUACCUACUUAAGAAGUAAAUUAUUUAGCUAUUGCUGGGGAUUUACGUGUUCAAUUAUACUUAUUCACUGUCAAUGGGGCAUUGAAAUUAAAUAAAAUUAAAUCAUUUCUGUGACAAUAUCUGUUUUAGAUCAUUAUGGUAUUAUAACGACCAAUCCAAUUGCCUAUAAACGAUGUGAUCGAAACAGUUGCGCACACAAAUAUUUAGGCUUUGAAACAAUAUACUUAAUAGACAUGCUUUUUAAUGAUGAAAUAGAUAUAACUAUAAGACCUGAUUUAUUUAAGUUCAAAUAUUUUAAAGGAUAUGGAUAAAUUUCAAUAAAUAAAGUCUAACUAUAUAAAUUAAAAAUACCAUCAUCACCUGUUCACUUACUUUAAAAAAGUUUGUAUUUAAAUAAAUCAGUCCGUAAACUUACGAAUAUCAAUCAAUAGAAGUGCCAUAAAUAUUAAAACAAAAAGCUGUCGCCUAUUUAUAAUUAAUAAUUAUAAUAGUAUAAUAACACAUUGUAACUAUAAUAUUUUUAUCAAAUUCGUAAGCAAAUAAUUAUUGAAUAAACAGCGAUAGAAGAUUAUUCUAAAUUAGUUCUAAUAUGUACUUUUGUAUAUGAUAAUUAUUUUUUGUGUUACUUAUAGAUAUUAUUGUUUAUUUGUUCUUAUUCUAAAUGGUUAAUUAAAAAUAGUAAUGGUUUACUUAGAGAUUAAAAUUAUAUAGUAUGAAAACAAAUAUAUUUUUGGCAUCGUUUUAAGUCGUCUUAAUUUUAUUUACAAGUUUUAAACCAAAUAAAAUUAAAUAUAAGUUAAUAUUUUUAUUUACUAAAAAUUCAUACUUUAAUGAUGUCAUUGAAUUUUAAAUCAUUCUAUGAGUAGGUAAAUAUAUUUGUUUUACGCACAACACUAUCACGGAUAUUAUUUUGCAGGUGGUGCUAAUCCUAGUCAAUUUGUAGUUAGAAAUAAAGCUUACAAAUAUAAUGAAUGUGGAAGAUUGAAUCCCAGUUGCUUUAGUUUUAUGUAGUAUUUUAAAAUAGUGAAAUAGUCAAAUAGGGUUUUCUUAAAAUUGCCAAUUCCUACCGUCAAUUUAAAAAGUAGUCAAAAGAGUUUUUGCGAAAUUUCGUUCUCAUUUACAUUUGUAAAUUGAUUACUUACAAAAAAAUUGGGCCUAAUUCUUUAUAAUUCCCUCAGGAGGUUUUUUUUAAUUUAUGUUCAAAUUGGAUGACUUCUGUCAUAACAGUGUCCCAUUCUUACAACAGGUUUAAGAUACUGAUGAUCAACUUUUUUAAUAAAUACGAAAUGAAAUUUGCUGAGACAUAAAAUUGUGAGAUUACUUUUCGAAGUCUUUUUUCACUAGGUACGUACAUAAAUAUAAUUUUUAUUAGAUUCGAACUCGAAUGUCGAUGCAUGUUAAAAUUUGGAAAGGUACUGUUCAAAAAGUCGUGUUAUAUGUAUAAAAGUGAGAUAAAUAUGUUAUUUAGAGUUACAAAUAAAGGAAACUAUAAAAUUACUCAAACACGAAACUAGGUGACGGUUGUCUGAUAUUGUUUUAUUUUUUACUGAAUAAGUAAAAAAUACACAAUACUCAUUUACUUUCAAAUAUUGAGUAUGUAAAUAAAGGGAUAUCUACAAUCUUUUUAAAUUUUAUUUAAAUACAAUCUAUUUAGUAAUAUAAAAAUUGUUACAUUUUAUUAAAAAAAAUAGUUUUAUUGCUUGGCUUGAAAAGCUAGUUUGCAAAA